UCGUUUGGUUGGUUUUUUUUUUUUUUUUUUUUUUACCUUUUUUUGCCUUUAUUUUUAAUUUUUUUUUGCCUUUACCCAUGUAUUUCACCAUGCGUACGCACGUGUUGCCGCGGUGCUGCCGCAAGCGCAGCCGGGGAGCCGGGGCACUCGUGGAUCCUCGCUCGGGAAGGAUCAGCUUGGAUCGAGGGAGGGUCUUGCUGGCAGCAUUAACAAAUCCGGGAUGGGAGCAGGAUGGCUCGUGUGCUCUCCUUCCCAAGCAGCAGGGGCGUAAAUGCACUGAACUGAUCCAUGCUGGAAACAUCCCGGUGGCUUCAGUCAGGAAGAACUGCUGAAAAUAUGGAAGGGCCUUUUCUAUUGUAUGUGGAUGCAGGAUAAACCUCUGCUUCAGGAGGAACUUGCAGCCAAUAUCUCCCAGCUUAUCCACGUGUUUCAGAAUACAGAGACUCGACACCUCUUCAUCCAGACAUUUUGGCAGACGAUGAACCGGGAAUGGAACGGGAUUGACAAUCUGCGUCUGGACAAGUACUACAUGCUGAUGCGUCUGAUUUUGAGGCAGUCCUUUGAAGUGCUGAAAAGAAAUGAAUGGGAUGAGGGUCUAGCUGAACCAUUGCUGCAGCUAUUAAUGAAAGAAGUUAUGGACCCAGACAGCAAUUCUCCCACUGGCAUAAAGUUCCAUUUCAUUGAUAUCUAUCUGGAUGAAUUGGCUAAAGUUGGUGCAAAGGAGCUCACAGCAGACCAGAAUCUCAAGUUCAUCGAACCUUUCUGCAAAAUUGCUGCCAAAUCAAAGGAUCGGCGUGUGCUCUAUGCUGUGGCCACCGGUGUCUUUGAGAUGAUCGUGGAUCAGUCCCCCUUCGCCAUCGAGGACCUGAUGAAAGAGCUGGGUACCAACAGUGAUGAGGAGAAUGUUUCUGAAGAAGGCAAACAGGAAAAUGAAGAGAUGCUUAAAACGAAAGCAAACAGAUGUCUGUCAAGAAAAUCAGCACAGAACUCUGAAAAAACAGAGGAUAUCAAUGAAAAUGCUGAUGAUGGGAUCGGGACUGUUCUACAGUUUGAUUACAAGGCUGUGGCUGACAAAAUCUUUGAAUUUGCAAGCAAGAAAAAUACACCUUCCUUGAACAGAAAGCGGCUGUACAAGCUGGUCAAAAAGUUCCAGGACUUAGCAGAAGGAAUCUUCCCCCAGGAUAUUCCUGAAGAUGUUUCUACAGAUGAAGAUGAUGAUGAUGAAUCCGGUAGGCGAAAGAAAAAGAAAAAAGCUGUCAAGCCUUGGCAACAAAAUGAGCUGGAAAAAGUAAAAGAGGAUAAAGAAGAGCUGUCAAGUGAGAAGGUGCCAUCAGUUCCCCAGAGGAAGAGGAAAAAAAGGAAGAAGAGGGACAGCCAAAGUGCUGAUGGAAAUUGUGAGGAGGGAAAAGCUGAAACAUCUGGAUCCAAUGCUUCUAGCCAGGAAAAGGUGCCAGAAAAUAAAAAGGAGAGGAAGAGAAAGAAAUUGCUGGUAAAUGAGGCCAGUGAGACCACAGAUGUAGCAACUGACACCAGAGAAAAUCAGAGUAUCUGUGUGCAGAACAGUCUGACUGAUGCAGAACAGAGUAAAAAGAGUCAGUUGAAGAAAAUGAAUCCAAAAGUGCAGAAUGUUCCUGCAAAACCAGCGUGUCAGAAUGGACCAGCCACUGCCAGUGCAGCAGAGGAUGUCAGCCCUUCUGUCACGUCGUUACCUCCUAAAGCUGUGAAAAAGAAGCAGAAAGCAGGAGCUGUCCUGGUGAAUGGGGAUCCCCCUGUGCAGCAAACUGACCUGAAACCCAGCAAGGAAGGCUUGCUGGGGACCCUGCCAAGAAAGGGUGAAUCUGCACCCUCCAGAAAGGUCACACUGAAGACAAAGUUAGUUGGUUUGGAAGGGAUGAAAAUCUCCACUCAGAAUGCAGCAACUCUCAAAAAGAAGAGAAAAGUGAAAGAGGUGCUAAACUCCGUCGAAGCCAAUGGAGUUCUGGAGACUGUAUGCAAGAAAAACAGGAAGGUGGAAAGCAGUGCUGCUCUGUCACCAUUAAAGAAAAAGAAGGUGAAACCAGGAAGUGAUUUUGUAAAAUUUGAAAAAUCAACUGUACCAAAGGCGGUGUUCUUCAGGAAAGCCAGAAGCACCAUCUCCUCCACCAGGACACCCAUGCAGCUGAACAAACUGCAGACACCCAGCUCCAAAAAAGUCACGUUUGGCUUGAAUAAAAACAUGACUGCAGAAUUUAAAAAGACUGACAAAAGUAUAUUAGUGAGCCCAGAAGGACCCUCCCGUGUGGCUUUCAAUCCUGAACAGAAACCUCGUCAUGGGGUGCUGAAGUCACCCACAGUGACCCCAGCAAAAGAGCCCCAAGUGAAGAGACCAUUUACAAUGUCAGCUAAGAAGAGACCAACUGCUGUGGACUUCUUUUAAACCAACAAAUGUGGCCUACUUUUGUACAGGACAUUUUGCUAACCUAGAAUGUUCUCUGGAGGUAUUUUGAACUUUAUUUUUUUAAGUUAAUACAAAUUGUAUAUACAAAAUUCUGAUUAUGACCUGGGUCAUUGCUAUUUUGAAACCACUUCAGCUCUAUCUUGAAAUACUUGUUUUGUCUUUUUACAGGAAAGAAACAAAAUCCAGUCUCUGCUCAGGUUUGGUCUACAAAAAGUAUGGUCUCUGCCCAUGUCAUUCCCCAGAGACUUGUCCAUUUAAUUAAGGAAUGUUCAGGGUUUGAUUGUUCCAGUGAUUUUUUUUUUUUUGAGCCAGUGUAAGACGACUUGCAUUUCAUGCUGUUAAACUGUUUUUCAUUAGACAGAGGUUAAAUUGGAAAAAGGCAAUGCAAAUUUUAAGCUUACUUGGUCAUGUGUUUUAAAAUUCUACGCUGUCAUUUUUCAUGUGUCAUCCCUGGCAUCCUGUUAAUUCUUCUGGAAAUAAUGAUUACCUUGUGUGUCUGUUUAAUACCAGCUGGACUUGGGUAGCUUUGCAGCUAGCAAGUGAGCUUUCCCUAGGAUAAGAAACCCUUAGCUGUUGUUCAAGUGGUCACUGGUGCAAAUAAACCUUCACAGUUGAUUGCCUGCUGAGUUUGGGACAAGUCACCACAUUAUUUUCAGUAAUGCAAGUGCCAAAGCUGGCUUGAGCCUCUCACACUGUGAGCUGGCUCCUUCUCUUCACUGAACUGAAAUUAGUGCUCUUGCCCAGUAGAAAUCUUAGACAUUUCAAGGACUUCCCCCAGCCCCCUCUGCUGCCUUUCCUGAAGGUCUGACAAGUCUCCUGGUUUUCUGCUUUAGCAGCUGGUGUCACCACAUUGUGCCAGAACUCAGCCCUCAUUCAGUGCAUGAACCUCUGCCUGGACUGAAGUGAGCUAGAUGGGUGUAGUGCAUCUUUGGGUAGGACACAUCUCUCUGAAAGCUUUGGUGCCUUCUCAGUACAGGGUGAAACUUUACAGCCCAUGCAGCUGGGUUUUGGUCUUGAUGUAGAAUCAGAUGGCCACUUGGCAUUUCUUGGAGUUCAGUUUUUAUUUGGAUAUUUUACUACUACUCUGCAUGUUUUGUUUUUAAUUUGCUUCUUUGGUAAAGAUUGAGGUGCAUUGCUGCAAGAGAUCAUUUAUAUAAUCUGAAUGGGAACAGUGAGGAGGGGGAGAGUAAAUUAAAAUAAAAAUUGGAAGAUUUGAAAUCUUUCUUUGGAAAUUUUCCCUAUGUAAAUGAGGCAAAGGCUUUGCAGCAGAUCUCUACAUUAGAGCUCAGCUUGGAAGCACAGCCUGGUGCCAGAGCAAAGCUGUUCAUGAAGCUUCACACUGGUUAUUCCUGUGAUCCUGCAAGAGAUCACAGGAUCUCUUCAUUACC